ACAAAAUUUGCCGGCAUUAGUUGUGCUGAAUCUGUCAACACUAGGACGGACUUCUCUUGAGAGUCUUUUUCAGUAGCAGUAGCUAUGAUUUUUCCUCUUUCAUCGAGGGAAGCUUCAUAUUCCAAGUUCCAAACUUAUUUCCAAGUAUUCCCAAAGACUGCAUACUUCACAGUCACACGCAGCCAUGGGAACGAGUGAAAAGCCUGGCUACGAAAAGGUUGCUUUCUCACCAGCAGAGAUUGAUAAAAGAACAGCGGAGCAGAAGGCGAUUGAUGAUUGGCUUCCCAUCACUUCCUCUAGGAAUGCAAAAUGGUGGUACGCAGCUUUUCACAACGUCACUGCCAUGGUUGGAGCUGGUGUUCUCAGCCUUCCAUCUGCCAUGGCAAGUCUUGGAUGGGGUCCUGGUGUGGUUAUUCUUGUGUUGUCAUGGGUAAUUACUCUGUACACACUGUGGCAAAUGGUGGAGAUGCAUGAGAUGGUUCCUGGGAAACGGUUUGACAGGUACCAUGAGUUGGGGCAGCAUGCCUUUGGGGAAAAGCUUGGCCUGUGGAUUGUGGUGCCACAGCAACUGAUAUGUGAAGUUGGAGUGGACAUUGUGUACAUGGUCACUGGAGGAAAAUCACUGCAGAAAAUUCAUGACCUUGUGUGCCAUAAGAAAAACUGCAAAAGCAUCAAGACUACUUACUUUAUCAUGAUCUUUGGUUCUGUUCAUUUUGUGCUCUCUCACCUUCCCAACUUCAAUUCCAUCUCUGGCAUCUCCUUGGCUGCGGCAAUCAUGUCUCUCAGUUACUCAACGAUUGCAUGGGUGGCUUCUGUAGACAAGAGAGUUCAUGAACAGAAUCAGAAAGACGUUGAUUAUGGGUACGCAGCCAGCACUACAGCAGGAACAGUUUUCAACUUUCUGAAUGCUUUAGGAGACGUUGCUUUUGCCUACGCUGGACACAACGUGGUGUUGGAGAUUCAAGCAACGAUCCCUUCCACCCCGGAGAAGCCCUCCAAGGGUCCCAUGUGGAGGGGAGUGUUGGUAGCAUAUUUGGUCGUCGCACUGUGCUACUUCCCCGUUGCUCUCGUUGGCUAUUGGGUCUUUGGUAACACCGUUGAUGACAACAUCCUCAUCUCCCUCAACAAACCCACUUGGCUCAUAAUAACUGCUAACAUGUUUGUUGUCAUCCAUGUCAUUGGAAGCUACCAGCUAUAUGCAAUGCCAGUUUUUGACAUGAUUGAAACCGUAAUGGUUAAAAAAUUACGAUUCAAGCCAAGCUGGGUGCUAAGAUUUGUUGUUCGCAACAUCUAUGUUGCAUUUACAAUGUUUGUGGGCAUUACGUUCCCUUUCUUCGGUUCCCUCCUCGGAUUUUUUGGAGGAUUUGCAUUUGCUCCAACAACAUACUUUCUCCCAUGUAUUAUCUGGCUUGCUCUUUACAAACCUAGGAAGUUCAGUUUAUCCUGGAUCACCAACUGGAUCUGCAUUAUACUUGGCUUCCUACUAAUGAUUCUAUCACCAAUCGGUGGAUUAAGGAGUAUCAUACUCAAUGCCAAGACCUAUGGUUUUUACUCUUAAUUCAACUCAUUCUCCCAAGUGCCAUCGUGGACUUUCAUUUUAUGGAUUCUAUAAACAUGAAUGAAUAUAAAUGUGGGAUUGUCUUUGCCAUUUCCUGCUAUAUUUUUCUGCAAAACAAGGCUGCUGCUAAAUUUGUAUCAUAAAAAUCAUUCAAUGGGUCCAAUAUUAGAUUCCUGCACCUACUUUACUUUUGCAUUUAA